AUGUAUAAGGUCUCGAAGUGUCUACAACUACGAGCUGCAUCCUCAUUCUUUGGAGGGCGCAUUGUCAAACGUCUCGCCUCAGUCAUAGCCGUUGUCUUGUUAGCGCACAUCGGCACUGUCAACGCCGUUGCCGGCGUAACGACUUGGAACGACUACGGAACGCAAUCCGGUGUCGCUUGUUCGGAUUUCUUGCCUACUAACUCUCAGGGAAACAAUAUUUUUUCUGCUACUUUGAGUGAUCUUUCGCCUCUAUGGACGGGAUCCAGAUGUCAGGGAUCUAAAGAUGCGAGCAAAUGCAAUGGACAUGGAUCUUGCGUUAAUUGCAUCGGUCCCGCUUGUCCCGGUGAGCAACAAUGUGGGCACUGUUUUAAUAUUCGAUGCACUAGAUCUCUCGAUCACGAGACUUCUGGAUCGUGCACUGGCAACACUGUCAAGGACGCAUGCCCAUCGACUCAUCCUGCCAACUACUGCAAGGUUGCUUCUGUCCCAGACGAUGAAGCCUGUGAGGCUAGUGGCGUCAACGCCUUCGAUAUUGCGAUCACGGCGAAGAGUAUCCUCUCGUCUUUCCAAGGAAAUCUCAAUAUUGACAUUGAGGUUACCAGCUGUUGAACGCGAGGCUACAUGUGAGGCGUGGAAACAUCCAAUGGCAAUUAUUGUACUUUUUGCUUUUGACAUGCGGUGCACUAUUUCGUAAUUUGCAUCGACCCUAGUUUUUCUGAAAACGCUGCGUUGUCGGCCGCCAGUUACCGGGCGCAGUCGUAUAAGAUUCUUAUGAUGGAAGUGAGGGUAAAGGUGACUAAGUACUGCCCCACAGGACGAUAUCGAUGAAGAUGUCAAGAAACGUGAAGAGAAGUGGUGAUUCGGCGG